AUCAACUGAUCAAUAUUCUGUGUUGUCGCUGACCGCUGUGCUUGUUGCUCUUGUCUUGAUUGUUCUAAAACAAUUAAAAAUUGUUUUCCGAUCUAUAUUGAAUUUUGAUAUAAUUUACGUUGCGUGAAUUCUUUGAGGUGCAGACAGAAAUAUUAAAAGCCGUAUAAAUGAUGAAACUAGUGGAUCAAGUUGUUAGAAGUUUUAAGGUGGCUAAAGUUUUUCGAGAAAACACUGACAAAAUAAAUAGCAUAGAUUUCUCACCUUCUGGCGAAACACUCAUAUCUUGUAGUGAAGAUGAUCAAAUUGUUAUAUAUGAUUGUGAAAAAGGAACACAAAUGAUUACUGUAAACAGUAAAAAGUAUGGCGUUGAUCUUAUACAUUUUACACAUGCAAAAAAUACAGCUAUUCACAGUUCAACAAAAGUUGAUGAUACCAUAAGAUAUUUGUCUUUACAUGACAAUAAAUACAUUAGAUAUUUUCCUGGACAUACCAAAAAAGUCGUAACAUUAUGCUUAUCCCCUGUGGAGGACACAUUUUUAUCAGGCUCAUUGGAUAAAACUCUUCGAUUGUGGGAUUUGCGAUCACCCAAUUGUCAAGGAUUGAUGCAUUUGUCUGGUCGACCAGUUGCGGCUUACGAUCCCGAAGGUCUCAUAUUUGCAGCUGGUGUCAAUUCAGAGAGUAUAAAAUUGUAUGAUUUGAGAUCUUUUGACAAAGGUCCAUUUGUUACAUUUAAGCUUAAUCAAGAAAAAGAAUGUGAUUGGACUGGCCUGAAGUUUUCUCGUGACGGUAAAACCAUGUUGAUAAGUACAAAUGGAUCUAUAAUUCGACUUGUUGAUGCUUAUCAUGGUACACCACUUCAAACUUUUACUGGACACCUCAACAAUAAAGGAAUUGCAAUUGAGGCAUCAUUCAGCCCAGAUUCACAGUACAUAUUCAGUGGUUCCACCGACGGAAGAGUCCAUGUUUGGAAUGCAGAUACAGGAUAUAAAGUCUGUGUCCUGAAUGGGGAUCAUCCUGCACCAAUUCAGUGUGUGCAAUUUAAUCCGAAAUAUAUGUUGUUGGCCUCUGCUUGUACUAAUAUGGCUUUUUGGCUACCAACAAUAGAUGAUGUUUAAGUAUUGUAUCCUUAAGUAUAAUAUAACUAUGUAUUAAG